AAACUAAUUAGGUCAUCUCCCAACUCUGUCUCAGUGCUGUCCCUGCCUUCUGCACGCACAACAGCCCAGGCUUCAUUCAGGGUCAGGGACUUCAUUUCUCAGGGCCAGGGGAUCUCUCGAUUGAUCUGCGUUUCUCUUUGACUUGUGCGGCUGUAUCUGGUUCCAUGUCUCACGGCGUGGUGCGGUCGGAUGUGAAGAGCCCGUUGGGUGGGAGCACAGACCAAGGACUGGGGGGUGAAGGGCAGGAUGUGCCACCUCUGCGUAAUUACCUGGUGCUUACCAUCUUCACCUGUUUCUGCCCGGCGUACCCUAUCAACAUUGUGGCCCUAGUCUUCUCUGUGCUGUCCCAGAGCAGUUACGACCAGGGGGACUAUGAGGGCUCGCAGCGGCUGGGCCGCAAAGCCCUCCAGUUGGGCAUCGCCUCCGUAAUCAUUGGCCUUAUAAUCAUCACCAUCUACGUCAUUGUGCACUUCACCACGCACGUUGUUUGAUCUCGGGGGAGGCGAAAAGAACCUGAAAGAUCUCAAGAAGAGAGCUCACCAUCUCAUGAGAGACGGGGGAGUAAAAUGGUCCUUUAUCUUUGAAGGCACCUGAACCGAAUUCAGAGCUCCCGAGCACCCAUUUUCCAGACUCACCACCUCCCAGCCCUCUCUGAGUCAAUUCCCUGUCCAGCUUUCAUUUUAGUAAAAUGCUCUACCACCUGUUGAUCUCCCUUUCUCUGUGCAACAUUUGAGAGCUGACCUUUCAUGAAAAAAGGUCAUGCACCCUGAACGCAAGAGCAUAAUACACUCAGAUAGCUUACAUGCUAUGCAGCCAUGUACAGUACACUUACUUACAUGCCAUUACAUGCCAUUAAUGUGCAGUACACCUGGUAUUGACCUUCACCGGAUGUAUCAUGGAUAGGAAGCACAUGUUCCUCACAUAUUUAAUGGUGGUAGGUUGUUAUGAGGCUAACAUCAUUUUAAUAUUGUUUUUAUAGUUUAUUAUAUUUGUUAUAAUAGCGCAAAAUACUUUUUAUGAUAUAUAAAGAGAGAUUAACUACAUCCUUUUGAAUUAGUUAUAUAUGUUUUUGGCACUGCACUGUACAUAUCAAAAUGAGUUUUAGAAAUAACCUUCCAUAAAAUAUGGAAUGAUAUCCUUAUUAAAACUGGUUAUUCAUGCAAGCUAUAAUUUUUUUCAAUCAUCACAAGUUCUCAAACAAAUGAAUUAUGUGAGUAACAUUUUGCCUUUUUCUUCUGCGUGAGUGUGUGUACAUGUAUGUGUGUUUGCAGGUUUGAUGUCAUAAAAUCAUAUUUAGAGAGAGCUUUGAUCAAGGGAACUGUGAGAUGGGGGUGUUAUGAAGGGAACUGUGAGAUGGAGGUGCUAUGGAAAAUGGACACUGGAGUUCUGGCACUGUCACCCCUGGCAACUGGCCACUGCACUUUGAACUCUCACGAGGCACAUGGAUGGUAAGGCACGUAGAGGACUUUAUCCCCCUGUAGCUGGCUUCCAUUCACUUCUGAAGCGCUGGUGGAAGCACCUGAACUGAAAACCUUAUGGACAUCGUCAUCAACCGAAUGGAAACCCAGGCACUCCCGUCACUCCCAAACCAUUUUUUCUUCUAUUUUUUUUUUGCUUUCAGACAAGUGUGUGCUGCUGGUGAGGCACCUCCCUGUUGGAGAGGGGUGCAGUCGGUUUCACUACAGGUCCUUCGGACAAACCUGAUAGUCUGCCCCUGUGCUGCUCCUUAGGUUUUGGUUUUCAUUCCCUUGUGGGCCCUCAUUUAUUUCAUGGCUUGUUAUGGGAAAUUGAAGAUGGUGUGUUUUAAAAUAAUAUAUUGCCAUACUUUACUUGUGCUUGAAAAGCCAAGGUAUUGCUCAGCAAGGUGCUCGAAAAAGAGUCGAAUAAGCAGCUUAGUCAAAUCAUAGAGGUAAUCUGACCAUGAUGCUUUAAAAUAAAAUGACAUAAAGAAAAUAUUUUGAAAACCUAAACCUUGUAUUGAGAAAGUUACGUCCUUUGAAAUGAGUAUGAGCACAAUAUGUUUUUAGCCACAUAUUGGAGAUGCUCCAAAGUACAGUGCAAAAAUAAACUGUCCUGAGUGCUGAUCAUUACGCUUACAGACGUCAUCAGUUCGGAUGUCAGGAAAGAAUAUAUUCUGCCCAGACCGGUUUGCUAGCCCUCCAGAACCACUUUAGUGAAGAUCAUUUGUAUAAAAUAUUUCUGCUUUUGAUUUGACAUGCAGCCAUACUUUGUACGUUGGUAUGUACAUUUUGCUAUUUAUGUAUUUUUAAAAAGCCAAUGCUUUUGUAGUCAUUAUUACAUGUAGUAAGAUGCUUAUACACAAUACCUGUCUAGUGAAUGAGUUCAAAUGUCAUGUAUUUCAAUAAAUGGCAAAUCAAGAGAGAUUAAAUCACCCUGGACUUGAGAGAAGCACUUUCCUAGCUAGGUAGCCCCUAAAAAUGGAGGAAUUCACAGAAAUUAUGUAAUGUGAGAGGACGAUGAAUGGAGAAUGUAAUGAUAAAACAUGAUGCAUAAACCAAAGCAGGCAGUCCAUGAUGCUCCACAUUAAUGUACUAUCAAAACAGUGUUUGAUAUUUGUCACUGUCAGGUGUGUCUAAGCAUUGAUUGACAAAGAUAACCUGGUUUUAUCAACUGAGAGCUACUGUAUAUACACCUCCGGUCUUCUCAAGCUGAUCUAAGAUGCUGGUGUCAGACAUACAUGUAUAGCGUUUAUAGGGCUCGUUGCUUCAUUAUGUUUUUCUUAUAUAAUAAUAACAGACUGUGAUAAACUGAAGUGCAGUGUAACAUGGUCCUCUUCGUGCUAGCGGAGUAACAAACAGGGACAGAUGCUGAUGGCUAUGCCAUGGGUCUGGGUCUUCUGCCCCCCGUCCCUCAUUCCCCCACCUCGCUUCUCACCAGCUGCAAUCUGCCGAGUCUUGAGGAUCCUGUAUUCCGAUAUGUAAUCGUAUCGCCAUGAGCGACUAAAUAUAGAUGAGAUAUUCCCCUGGUUUUUUUUUUUUUUUCUCCUCUCAGAUGGGAAGAACUUGCCCCAUGCUGGUGAUGAAAAGAAAAGGAAAAUAAACUCGAGGAAACCUGAGUUAUAUUAUGAUUGCUUUCAUUAUCAUUAUGAUAAUAAAAGCCCCUGGUCUAAUUAAUACCAUUUAUUAACCAGGCGUGAAUUACAUAUUCACACUCUGAUGUAAACCAUUAAUUUUUUUAAAAAAGUGCACUAUAGAUGAAAAGCUUAAAUGAAAUGAUAAAGAAGUGGUGAUAGAACAGAUGGAAGUUAUAACAUGCUAUGUUUUAAAGUCUUACUGUCUUAGAUAAUUGUCCGCUGUCUUGCUGUUCACACCUCUGUCAGUGUUUAUUUAAGUGUGUAUACAUUUUUUGAGUCACUGUGGAUGUAUGACAUGCUUCCCAGAGUAUAACAUUGCCUAUCUGAGAAAUGGGAUAGCCGUGAGAAUGUACUGGGAGAAACUGUCCAACAGAGUACAGGCAAUAAGCUCUCACAGGCAUAGUUACUUGUUUUCAGAUACUUCUCUAAGUGGAUGAAGAAGUGAUUUGAUUUCACUCAUGGUACAUAAUGUUUAUUCUUUAAAAUAUAAGCCUUGUGCUACUUUUAAUCAAUUGUAUGUGCAACAUAGGUUCUCUUUUCAGGUUCUUGCCAGUGUUGUAAGCUGAUAUUUAAAAAAAUAAAAUAAAAUAAAAAACAUUUUAUUAAAGUGAAAUUAAAACAUGACAUUUAAAAAAAAUGUUUACUUUUAAAAAA